CACUUCCAAUAUCAUCUCUCUUUCCAUUUCUUUAUUUCAUGAUAAGGGACUUUAACAUUGCAAAGAGAGAAGAAGAUAUUGGUUCCUAUGCAGGUUAUGUAGGUUCUGCAUUUAUGUUUGGAAGAGCUUUAACAUCUGCGUUCUGGGGCAUCGUGGCUGAUCGAUACGGACGAAAACCAGUUAUAAUUUUCGGCACUUUUUCAGUGAUUGUUUUCAAUACUCUUUUUGGUCUUAGUAUCAACUUUUGGAUGGCUGUCAUAACAAGAUUUCUUCUCGGUAGUUUAAAUGGUUUGCUUGGACCAAUAAAGGCAUAUGCUGCUGAAACUUUUCGUGAAGAAUAUCAGGCACUAGGAAUGUCAACGAUUAGUACUGCAUGGGGCAUUGGAUUGAUUAUUGGCCCAGCCUUAGGAGGCUUCUUUGCUCAGCCUGCAGAGAAAUAUCCAGCCGUAUUCUCAAAAGAUUCUAUAUUUGGAAGGUUUCCUUACUUCCUGCCUUGCCUAUGCAUAUCACUGUUUGCCUUGGUCGUGGGUAUUGGUUCAUUUUGGCUGCCGGAAACAUUACAUAACCAUGAUUCAGAAAUGCCGCCUCAAGAUUCUUGCAAGGCUUUGGAGUCUGCAUCAGAUACAAAAGAAGAAAAUGAAUCAACCUCAAAAGAAAACCUUUUUAAGAACUGGCCAUUGAUGUCAUCUAUCAUAGCAUACUGUGUCUUCGCUCUUCAUGAUAUGGCUUACUCAGAGAUUUUCUCAUUAUGGGCUGUGAGCCCCAGAAAAUUUGGGGGCUUAAGUUAUUCUACUGCUGAUGUUGGUGAAGUACUAUCGAUCUCAGGAUUUGGCCUUCUAGUCUUUCAACUUACUUUGUAUUCAACGGUCGCAAAGUAUGUUGGCCCUGUCAUGAUUGCACGGGUUGGAGGAGUUUUGUCAAUUCUCUUGUUGACGAGUUACCCUUAUUUCACUAAGCUGUCUGGGAUCACCCUUUCCUUGGUGGUGAAUUUCGCAUCCAUGAUGAAGAAUGUUUUGUCUAUUUCUAUCGUAACGGGGCUGUUCAUAUUACAAAAUAAAGCAGUGGACCAGCGGCAAAGGGGAGCUGCUAAUGGAAUUGCCAUGACAGGAAUGUCAUUUUUCAAAGCUCUUGGCCCAGCUGCUGGGGGAGCAGUCUUUUCUUGGGCACAAAAAAGGCUUGAUGCUCCCAUUCUUCCGGGAAAUCAAGUGGUAUUCUUUAUGCUGAAUGUGAUCGAGGCAAUUGGUGUGUUGCUGACACUCAAACCAUUUCUAGUUGAAACACUGAAUACUUAACUAGAGUGGAGCUUAUGUAUUUUUUAUUAUGAUUAUUAUAUUUUCUGGUAUCCUAUUUUUCGCAUUACAACAAUUAGGAAUUGAACUCUCACACCUACCUGUGUGUGCCUCGGGACUUGAAAAACCCUCUUUAAGUAAGUGGGUAAACAAGUCAAAUUAAUGAUUUUUGCUCAUUCUAAAUCAAUUCAAUUUUAGUGAAAUUCAUCUA